UAUUAUUCGGUUUGGGCCUCAAAAAAUUUACUCAACAAUACUUAAUUUAAGGAAACAUUCAGAACAAUUUUCCUAAUGAAAUCUAUUUAACUUGCCAAAUUGCACCGAGGUGACUUGGAAUUCGGUAUAACGAUACGGCAUUAUUUUUUAUUGAUAUAAAAUAAAAAAUAUAUUAGGUACACUUUUAUCAAAAAUAUCUGCUCAAUAAAAAAAGUGAUUGCGAACUAAAAUGGGUGCAGUGCCAUUGAAAAGUUUUGACUUCGGGUUUCUUCAUAAAAGUUCAUAUGCAGAAGUGGAUGAGUUUCCUUUCAUGCAGACACCCAUACCAAUAGCACUUAUAAUUAUUUCCUACAUACUGUUUGUUACCAAAAUUGGACCAGCAUAUAUAUGAAAAAUAGAAAGCCCUUUAACUUGAAAACUACCUUAAUAAUAUACAAUGCUGUACAAGUUGCAUAUUCAGUAUACUUAGUAGUAAGGAUUGGAAGAUUUUUAUCAAUAACCGGGAUUGCAUAUUCAAAAUGCUAUUUAGAAGAUAAAGCACACACAAACGAGGUCCUGAGCGGAAUUUGGUUUUAUUUUUUUGCAAAACUGACGGAGCUACUGGACACAAUAUUCUUUGUCCUACGUAAAAAGGACAAUCAAAUUUCAUUCCUGCACGUCUAUCACCACAUCGCUAUGCUCAUUGGUUCCUGGCUCUUCCUGAAAUACAGCCCUUCAGACAAUAUUGCCUUCCUCGGUUGGAUGAACAGCUUUGUCCAUGUGGUCAUGUAUGCGUACUACGGGUUGGCAGCCUUUGGGCCACACAUGCAGAAAUAUCUGACCUGGAAAAAAUAUCUCACAACAUUGCAAUUGGCUCAGUUUGUGUCGCAGUUUUUGGUAUUAGUUGCGCAGAUCAACCUCACUGAGUGUCCAAUGCCUACAGCUUUGACCUUAACUGUAUUUGGAAACAAUUUGUUCUUUAUUUAUCUUUUUGGAAGAUUUUACUAUCAGAAUUAUAUAAAAAAUAAAAGUAAUAUACAAUACAAUGUGGACAAGAAAAGCAAAAGCAGGUUGGAUUGAAUAAUAAUUAUUUUAAAUUGUAAGUUAAUCACAAUAUCAGCUCUGUCGUGCGUAGUGUAAAAUUUUGCAUAAUUAAAUUAAUUACAUAGAAGAAAUAAAUUAUUACUCAAU